UAUAUAUAUCCAUUAUAUUGCACAACAAAAUUACCAGGAAAAAAGAAACAAUGGGAAGACAGAACCGGGGUACAAAUGCGGCACCUCAAGGUAAUAAUAAUAAGCAACAUUUCAGCCAUCCCCACAUCUUGAAACUAAUUGUCAAUCCAACUGAUACGGAAACAGAACUACUCACUUGCAAUGCUUGUGAGCAACCAAACAAUAGUAACAAGCCUUUCUACGGCUGCAACACCUGCCAAUAUUUCCUCCACGAAAACUGCUUCAACGCUCCGCGUUUUCUCAAUCACACGUCUCAUUCAUCUCACCCCUUGACUCUUCACCAAAUUCCGUCGUACUCGAGCCGUUCCUAUACUUGCAAGGCUUGUGGCUCUGCUGGCAAUGGAUUUUGCUUUAGCUGUGCUUGUUGUGAAUUUGAUAUCCACUUGCAAUGUGCGUCCUGUCCUAACUCGAUACUUGUUGAUAACCACCCGCAUCAAUUGGGGCUCCACUUCGGUUCUCCUUAUGAAGAUAAGAAUAUGGAAUACGUUUGUGAUAUGUGCAACGUGAUAAUGAACAAGGACGAUUGGUUGUACUAUUGCGCUGCUUGUGAUUUCGGGUCACAUUUGCAAUGUGCGAUAACUAGUCUCGAAGUCGGUGUUUUUCCCAAACAGCAGCGUCCAAUUCCGAAUUCAAAUCCAAAUCAAAAUACAAGUCUGAAUUCCAAUGCGAAUGCAGCGGUGGAAAUGAUAAAUUCAGUGAAUGAUGAUCAUGACCGGCUUAUAGCAGCUCAAAUUGAAGCUCAGAUUGCGGCACGAUCAAGACAGGCUAUGCUGGACUUAUGGUAGAGUACAAUCACCAACAUACAGUUACAUAUAACACUAUCGUGAUUAUCUAAUGCAUCUGCUUUCGCGUUCUUCAGUUUUUAUUGCAAAAUAAAUGCUUUAUUGUUGUUAUGUUAUUUCUCUUUCAAAUUUGUAUCUUUGAUCGAUCCUUCAUCA